AUAGUUCCCUCGGAUAUUCAGGCGCGAGGUCCAGAGGCAACUGAAGCCUACAACAAUGCUCUUAUGGACGGGAAAGCAUUCAUUAAAAGAGUACCAAUCAUGAUAAUCGGGCAAGCUCGAACAGGGAAAACUAGUCUAAAGAAAUCUCUAAAAGGAGAAAAGUUCGAUCCAAAGGAACAAAGCACGGAAGGAAUAGAGACUGACCCUUCAUACUUUAAAGUUUCCGAGGAAAUUUGGAGAGCAGGGGAGAAUUACAACAACAAAACUAAUCCUGGUUCAGAGGAUUUUUUCGAGCAGAAUAUCGCACAGUCGAUAUUUGGGGCAUUAAAAAACGUCAAAAUAUCUCAGAGUCCCCCCUUAAGGAAACCAGGCAAUGAUAGCUCUGAUACACCAAUUACGGAAGCAGUAUUGAGCCAAAGACACAGUCAUUCGUUUGAAGAAGAAAUUCCAGAAAGUAUAGCAACAAGGGUGGAAAAACUUCUACAAAAUAAUGAAAAUGUUGAAGAAGAAGAAGAAAUAUUUUCCAUUCUAUGGGAUUUUGGUGGACAGUCCGUUUACUAUGCCACCCACCCAAUCUUUCUGACAGAGAAAGCGAUGUACAUCUUAGCUUACGACCUAAGUCGUAAUCCCUUCAACAAAGCAGACAAUCUAGUCAGAAAAGGACUUUAUAGUAACAAAGAAGACAUUUGCAACGAGACAAACCUAGACUACCUUGAUUUUUGGCUGUCAUCCGUGUAUUCUUUGGUCGGUCCAGAUGCUAUUGGCCAAGACAACUCUCCUUCAGACGCCACAACUGCGAGAUUGCCUCCAGUUUUUUUCGUGUGUACUCACGCCGAUGAACCCUACUGUAGUGCCACUGCCCCUAGAGAUCUGGCGGUCGAUAUCUAUGAAUUUCUCCGAAGCAAGCCUUAUAAAAGCCAUUUGUUUAAGGACGUUUUUGUUGUCGACAACACGAAAUCAGGAAGCCGAAAUGGUUGUCCAGAGGUAACACGCCUAAGAAAAGAAUUGUUGUCUGUUGCCCAAGGUCUUCCUCAGCUGAAGGAGGCAAUCCCAUUAAAGUGGUUAAGGUUUGAAAAUGUUCUUCGGCUUUUACGUGAAGACAAUUGCAAAUUGAUGGCCAUUAGCGAAGCUAGGAACCUUGCUUCUGAUGAGUGCGGGAUCGACCACGAUGGACAGUUUCGGACUAUGCUUGACUUUUUGCAUGAUCAAAAGGUUCUAAUUCAUUUUAGCGAAACACAAGAGCUAAACAACUUGGUGAUUUUGGACCCCCAGUGGCUCAUUGAUAUGUUCAAGAAAGUAAUUACUAUUAGGCGUUACGAGCCGGAUACAGAAGAUAACAUUGAACAGUUUUGGCUCAAGCUGCAGGAGACUGGUAUCCUAGAUGAAAGGCUUCUGCAUCAUGAGUGGAAAGAUUUGAUUGAUGUGUACAGUAAAGAAACCUGUCGAAGCCUUAUCGCGAUAAUGGAGAGAUUCAGCUUGCUCUGUCCCUGGCCAUCUGACGGAGGAAACAUACAAUACCUUGUGCCGUCCAUGUUGAUGUCACCCCCUACAAAUAAAGUAUUGGAGCUCCUUGCUUCUGUGAGGACGCCUUCACUUUUUGUGAGGUUUGAAGUAGGUCGAGUGCCUCCAGGCCUGUUCACGCGACUAGUGCUCCAGUUUUACCAAUGGUGUAACGAAGAGUGGAAGAGCCAGAUACAACCCCAGCUAUUCAGAAAUUUUGCUCUGUUCCACAUCCUUCCUGAUCAAGGGGUGUCCGUCAUCAUUAUGUGUCAUUCCUCUUUUAUUGAAAUCGCUCUUCACGAUGGAGGCGAUUUUUGUGGCGCGAUGCCGGUAGAUUUCACUGAAGAUUAUUCCAAUGUAACCAGUCGUGCAAUACAUCGGCAACUCAGAUUGAUUCUCGAGUGCAUGCGCAGAGAGUUUAGCUGGCUGAAGAACAUGAGAUACGAAAUGUGCAUCUGCUGUCCAGUGUGUUCACAGGAAGGUUCUGUCAGAUGUCGAGCUCAUAAGGUGCGCGGCUGUGAGUGUCUUCACUUGUUGUCUGAAUCCGAGCUGCUACAAUGUCAAUACUGCACCCAACCUGGUUUGCGUGGAGAUUGCAGAAUUUGCAUCAAAAUGUUUGCACCUUGGUUUUCAUUUUCAGGCCCUAACGAGAGCAGGAACCUGCUUAAUCAG